AUGACCCAACAAACUGAUAGCGAGCCGUUGGUCUCCUCCCUGUGGACGAGAUCAUUAAUUUCCGGCGCCAUUGCAGGCUUGACUGUCGAUUGCUCUCUCUAUCCCCUUGACACCAUCAAAACCCGACUCCAAAAAGCACGCGACCACACAGCACCCCAAGCCCGAGUCUCCCUGCGCCAAACCUUCCGCGGCAUCUACGCCGGCCUCCCAUCCGUCCUCUUCGGUUCCGCCCCCUCCGCCGCUUCCUUCUUCAUAGUCUAUGAUGGCGUCAAACGCUCUCUCCUCCCUUCCCAGUCCGCCGGCAACAAAUCCACCCAAUCCCGCGCCCACAUCAUCUUCACACACUCCCUCGCCUCCUCGCUCGGCGAGAUCGCCGCAUGCGCCGUCCGCGUCCCAACAGAAGUGAUCAAGCAGCGCGCCCAAGCCGGUCUCUUCGGCGGUUCCAGUCUGCUCGCCCUAAAGGACAUCCUAUCCCUGCGGCACGCCGCAGUCCCAACUGACACAACCGGCUCCGUCCCCGCAAAGCGCGGCUAUGGCCAAGUCCUCCGCGAACUCUACCGCGGCGCAGGUAUCACCAUCGCCCGCGAGAUCCCCUUCACCGUCCUGCAGUUCACGAUGUGGGAGUCCAUGAAAGAAGCCUACGGCAAGCGAUACCUACAAUCGGCUGAGACCGCCUCAUCCAUUGCCGAGACGCAGAUCCCGGCCUCAACGAGCGCCAUGUUCGGUAGUGUUGCCGGUGCCAUUGCGGCUGGUCUGACUACCCCAUUGGACGUCAUCAAGACCCGUGUUAUGCUUGCGCGCCGUGGAGAUGGCGGUGCUGAUGCCCCUGUCCGGGUUAAGGAGAUUGUGCGUGGGAUUGCGCGCGAGGGGCCUGGUGCUUUCUGGCGUGGUAUCACGCCGCGUGUGACUUGGAUUGGUAUCGGUGGUGCUGUCUUCCUUGGAAGUUAUCAGUAUGCUUCGAAUACCCUUGAGGGGCGUCGGGAGGCGAAGGCUGAGAAGGGGCUUUGA